AUGGAAGAUAAGAAUCAGACAGCAGUGGCUGAAUUCCUUUUCUUGGGCCUCACAGAUCAUCUCCACCUGCAGAUUGUCCUCUUUGUCAUUUUUCUCUUUGUCUAUCUUGUCACCCUGGGGGGCAACUUGGGCAUGAUCACUCUCAUAUGGAUCGAUCCCAGACUCCACACGCCUAUGUACUUUUUUCUCAACCACUUGUCCUUUGUAGACACGUUUUCCUCUUCUUCCAUUGCCCCCAAGAUGCUGUGUGAUAUCUUUGUAGAAAAAAAAGGCAUCUCUUUCAUGGGUUGUGCUGCACAGAUGUGGUUCUUUGGUCUUUUUGUGGCAACUGAGUGUUUGCUCUUGGCUUCCAUGGCAUAUGAUCGGUAUGUGGCCAUCUGCAAGCCCUUGCUGUACACCCUCAUUAUGUCCCAGAGGGUCUGUGUGCAGCUGGUUGUGGGCCCUUAUGCUGUGGGUCUUCUAAGCACCAUGACUCAUACAGUUUUCACUUUUUGCUUACCCUUCUGUGGUCCAAAUAGCAUCAAUCACUUCUUCUGUGAUAUUUCACCACUGCUUUCCCUAGCGUGUGCAGACACCUGGAUCAAUAAGUUAGUGCUUUUCAUCUUAGCGGGAGCCAUAGGAGUUCUCAGUGGCCUGAUCAUCAUGGUCUCCUAUGUUUGCAUCCUGGUGGCCGUGCUGAGGAUCCAGACUGCUGAUGGGAGGAGGAAAGCCUUCUCCACGUGUUCUUCUCACCUGGCAGUUGUCUCCAUCCUCUAUGGGACUCUUUUCUUCACUUAUGUCCAACCUAGCUCAAGUUCCUCCCUAGAUAUGAAUAAAGUGAUUUCUCUGUUUUAUACUGUGGUAACCCCCAUGUUGAACCCCCUGAUCUACAGCUUGAGGAACAAGGAGGUGAAAAAUGCAUUCAGUAGGAAGUUUGAAAGGAAAAAAAAAUUUAAAUAG